UGAGCUUCAAGCUUUCCCCCAAGAGAUUUGUUAAUUUGCAGCUUGGCUGCCGAAGUUCUGCCAUGGAGCAGAGACAUGUGUCACUCAUGGACGACCCGAGCAUGGAUUUUUCGUUCCGAAGUCUCCGCCGCCGCUUGCAUCGCCUUCCUGGACCACCAGCGAAGCUGGAAUUCCAGGAGCUGCGACUGGUCGACGAUGUCGUCCUGGUUUACGGCGGGUGGGCGCCGAGCGCCAGCUCCACAGCGGCUGCGCCGCUGGAGACUUUUAAGCGGCAGCAGGUUGAGUCCCUGCACGUGAAGGGCAUGGACCAUAUCUCCAAGCGAAUUCAGGAUGCCACAGGGAAUUUGUUAGUAUGCUUGGAAUCGGCGCUACCAUCAGAACCUUGCCCAAGCAUUGGCUAUAUUGCCGCAGAGUGGUUCUCGGCGCGAGUCUCCAAGCAGGGAGUUGAGGAGGUCUACCGGGGGAACUUGGACAGGCCCACACCAGGAAGUUUGGCAGAACUGAUUGUUUUGCUCGCGCUGUUGGAUUUUCUGACUGCAACACCGAGCACCGGAUUUGGCAGCACAGCCAGCCGCAUUGUCACGCUAAAGGUGCGUGAGGGUGGGGCCCAGUGCGUGGCUCACAUGGAGCUGCAAGCCAUUUUUGGUGCUCCUGACAUCGAUGCCGUUCGGCACACAGCGGUGAUCCAGCUGUUUCAAGGCAAAGACACUCAAGAUGCAAAGACAUCGCUGCUUGAGACGCUUCGUAGCACGUGCCCACAGUGCCGCGUGGGAACUGUCGAGUUCGAGAAGAAGCUGAAUGAGGCUGUGCAGCUAAUGAGUGCUGCCGCGACCUGCCUCAACAGCCAGGCUUCAAAGGAGGACCUCGCCGAGGCGCUGUGGGAGGUGGACAUCAGCUGGGAUGAUUGGCUCAGAAUCUUUGCCGAUCCAGACGAUGCUGGCUUUGCUGCGGUGGAUCUACUCGGCCUGGAGUUGUACAGGAGCGCUGUGCAGGGCUUGCUGGAAUGCUUGAAUGAAGUGGCAGGCUUCUACGCGGGAGAGACCAUGGGACUAGACCCUGUCAAAGCCUCGCUGACUGUGCUACAAACCUGUGCAGCGCCUGCCAGCUGGGCUCAAGAUCCCCUGCAACAGCCAGAGAUCUUAGACACGUCCACCGCCAUGAGUCAUUCUGGAUGCGUGGUUGCUUUGCGCUGCCAUUUGCUUCAGCACGCCAUAGAUUCUCGUUUCAAUCGUCUUUAUGGAGGUCCUUUCAAGAUACCGACCGGCCCUGAUCCUGAUCCACGACUUGAGAAGCGCUGGCAGGAACUCUUCGAGAGUGUGGAUGUGAAUCGAAAUGGCGAAGUAUCGAUGGAUGAAUGGAAGGAGGCACUCGACAACGAAGACAACGAAGAACUUCGAGAUCUCUUCGAAUUUGACCAAAGACCCAUGAGGAUCUUGGCCAAAAAGCUGUUUGGAUCCGUACAUGUGCAUGCAGACAGCUGGGUAGAUAUGGAAGAAUUCCGGAAGGCUUGCAGGAUGGCAUAUAGAUCCGAGCUCAAAUGGCACUUCAUCUACAUGAUGGCUGGACGCGAGGCCGAAAAAGCUGAUGACAGGCCGGAAGAAGAACCAUUUUCCAAGCUGAUCAGCUGGAACCGAUCCUGCAUCGAACAUGGCCUUCUGCAGGAAGAUGCAGUCUUCAAGAAAUACAAGGCACACACACGUGUAUGGAAAAAGCUAGCCGUAGGCAAGUGUCAGGCCUGGGAUCGACACUGCAACUCCAUUAUAGGACUAUCAGAGGCUGCACAUGAACUCCACAGCCCUGGGAGAGACGCCACCCAAGAGGUCCUGAGCAGACACUUCGACAGCCAGAUUUUCAUCAAGAUUGCCUUCAACACAAGCAAAAGCUUUGAAGAUGUGGCCCUUUUCGGUCAGCUCACACUCCUUCAAUGUCACAUCCUAGAGAAGAUUUGGGAAGCUCUUUUCCCCAAGUACUCGCCAGAGGCCAGCGGCAUGGAGGAGUGCAGCGGCUUGCACCUGGGCAUCCACUACAUUCUGCCUCGAGAAGACUCAGGGGCUUAUUUCUCGCUGGAGGGGUGGCACAAAUGGACAAGAUGGCAAGAAGCUGAUGAAAAUUGGCCCGCCUCCCAGGCCACCCAAAGCGUCAGCUCCAGCCGAAUCGCGCCCUCGGAUGCGACGAUGUUGCAGGGUGCCAACGUCCUCACCGAACUUAGUGACGUGGGUGCAAGACCACAGGACCUUCUUCGCUGCGCUGCUUCAGAAGUUCCUUCGCUGAGAGGAGGUAACUGUGAUGAGACCCAUCAAGCUGCGGACGAGGGGGGUGCUGAUGGAUCUGCUGGUGUUCAGCCAAGCGUGAGUCGUGCAGGGGAUCCCUUGGUGGGGUUUUUAGUUGAGUCAAGCAGGAAUCUGGUAGACUUGCGACCAGGCCCCUUUUCAGGCUUAGAUGGCUUUGAGACCAUCCCAGCUCCACAGAAACGGCCCGACUCUUUGGGGAGUGUAGCGAUCGCUUCUCCAACGUCCACAUCGUCGGAGGUUGUUCACCAGCCCCUCACACCUCAGGUGAGGCCAUCUCGGGGAAGCUCAUCAGAAAUUAGCGCAUCUCUCCCGCGUGUUGGUGCUGGUCCAUUACCACCACUACCAGAAGCAGAGAAUCAGGAUCCAUCGGGACCUGCUGCUCCGAGAACCGCGCUUCCAGACUGUCCUGGGUUGCCCGAGGAGGAUCCGCAGGAGGAUCCACAGGAUUACCCUGCGGACCCUGAGCUGGGCUCAGACAGCGACGAGCAGACGGAAGAAUCAGCGUCUGGCACUGAAGAGUCAGGUGAAUCUGAAGAUGCAAGUGAGAAUUCCGAGAUGCAUGCGGAAUCCGAAAAACUUGCAGUGGAGCUGCAUGCGGAAUUCAGGCGACGCCCAAGAGUCAACAGCCACCGCCGGUCAACCAUCACUGAGGACAACAGCGGGACACGCUUUAUGCAAAUGCUGGAAGAUGCUCUCUGGGACACCUGCAAAUUUCGUCCACCGCAGAUCAAGUGCAAAACUUUGGAGUUUGUGGAGAAUGCACCGAAGGUGCUUGGAGGUUGGAAUGUCACGCUAUGGAUCUAUUCUCUGAAGCCGUCCAUGAACAGCGACUUAGUGGUCAAGAACGUGAAUCAGCUGGUCGAGAAGUAUGAAGAAUGGGCUGGGGAGGACAGAACAGGAGAUUUUUUUCAGAAGUACGCCUGGGUGUGGUGUAAGUUCAAGGCAGGCAAGGACCAGCCGUACAAGGAAUGCAAGCCGUCGGGUGUGAACGCACCCAAAAAUGACAGCUCGCAGAGACAUGGAGCUUUGCGUGAAGACAUAGCUGAGGAGACUGUUGUUCAAGACACUCGGAUCGCUCCAGCACCCUUGCAGGAAGCAGUGCAAGCAGUCCAAGCAGUGCAACAUGUGGCCUCAACUUCCAGUCGGUGGCAGGCAUGCAGCAGGUGGAGAUUGAAGCCUCACUACAGUACCACUCCAAGGACUCUAGACUUGGCGGUGCGCUUUCAAGGUGGUGCGUUUUCACAUGAUGAAGUGAAGCAGAACAUGGUGAAGCUCUUGGGCCUGCAGAACUGCCAGUUGACAUUGAUGGCCUUGGAGCUGGGUGAGCUGGGUGGCUCCUAUUCUGAGGCCAAACUACAGAUCCGCACCUUAUCGCCUGCGCCUGCCACGGAAGAGACGGAGGCGCUGCAAGCCAAGCUAAUGUACUUGCACAGAUAUGGGCACAGCUCGAGUCUUCGUUUGCCCGGGGGCUGGAAGUGGGUGGCAGUCGUCAGUGGUCUUGCAAGCAAGGAGGUCAUGGAGGAGUUUGCAGUUUCUUUCACACUCAAGCUUGAAACUGAUGCCGCUAGCCUGGCUGAAACCUGGGAGGAGCUUCGUGCAGAUUUGGCGCAGAAACUGGGCUUCCACGUGUGUCGCCUGCAGAUCUCUGAUGUGAGGCACCAGGGCCAUGCAGCAGUUAUUCAAGUUCGGAUCGGUGGUUUCAGCAGAGACCGAGCAGAGAUGCUGAAGGACUUCUUGGAGUCGGAGGAAGCUAUGGGCAAGACCGGCUCAGAACUUCCCUUGCUGGAGACAAGCGAUGUCAAGGUCAUAGCUUCCGACACCUUGCCCUAUAGUGAAGGACAGGCUUGGAACGAUGAGGUGAUGGCUAUGACGCCAAUGCAGAUUGGGAGGAUGAUUGGGAAGCUCAAUUCCAAAAGCCUCAAUGAGCUUAUGGAGGAGUAUGUUCGUUGCUGUGAAAAGGGUCCAACAGGCCAGCACAAGCAGGAUGGGAAGCCAUACCACUUCUAUGUCAUCAAGCAAAUUGAGGACAUCAUCAAGAAGUUGCGGGAAGUAUAUCGAGGAAGACCUUCAGAAUCUCUGAAACGAGCUCUUUCGCAGCAUCAUAUCGGAUUGCCUCUGUUGCUGGACUUUGGGAAGACAUUGAUGCGGGUUGUGGAAGUCCAUGGAGAGAGUGCGCCAGAGGAAGAUCGAAAAGACUAUUUCCUCAGUCAGGGGUGGCAGCCUGAAGAGAUGCGCUAUGCCUUGCGACUCCUUGCUUUUGUGCUUUCUUGGGACACCCGAGGGUUUGAUGGGCCGGAAGUUCAACCAGCAGAUGUCCAAGUGCACUUGUCGCGGCUCACGGAGUCGCUUGUGAAGGUGAUGGCCAUCUACAAGACUUUCCUUGCCAGCCUCGAUGAGUCCGACCUCAGUCGUGGGCUCUACCGUCCCUGCAAUGUGUUGCAGAGCCUACAAACUGCGUUGUUGGGCAUCCAGACAGAACCUUCCAGUGAGAGUGUGGCUGCUUGGCUUGCUGGCACAGACGUUUUGGAUAGCCUGAGCAAGCUCCUUUGCCAAAGCCGAUGUCGUAGCUACAGCUUUGUGCAUGGUCAUGCAGUAGCACUUCUCUUCCCACCAGCAACGCAGAUGACCUGCAAAGCCUUUUUCGCGAAAGAUAAGAUGCUCCUGCAAAGUGAUGCUAUUUGCAAAAAUGUCUCGAAGCUGAUGAGGGCCAUGGUGAACUGGACGGACAUCAACGGAAGCAGUACCUCUUCGAAUUGGAGCACAAGUUUGGACGAGGCCAUUCAAAAGAUUAGCCUGCCCCAGCUGGCUCGGCUCCUGAACAGACUCAAGCUGCCACCCACACAUGCCAUUGACUUGGUGGGUAAGUUGAGAGAGUGGACUCAGUUCGACAUCAUCAAUCUGUUAGACGGCUCGCCGCUCCCACUGAUUUGCCUCUUCCCAAGGCAAAACAUUCCAGAGCGCGGUCUUUGUUGACGAUGAGCUGAGCUUGGAGGGCCGCGCUUUUUAUACAUGAUGCUCCAUGGCUUUUGCACGUGCUUGGUCUGUCCACCACGCGAAACUGAGCAGGGCCGGCCUAAGGCCC